UCUCCGAGGAACAAAACGAGAGAAAACACACACAGCUUGGAAGAGGCUCACAUUUGUAUCAGGACCGGAUCAGAGUGAGGAGGAGGAAGAAGGAGGAGGAGGAGAAAAGUGGGGGGGAGGAAGAGCCUGGAAAUUAAAACACGCAAAGGCAGCAGGAGGGCAGGUGUCAACAGACAUGAAGAGGAUUGCCAGAUUGAUUUUCCCACUCAUUCUUUUGCUGAUUUGUGAGGUGAAUGGACAGAGGCGCACCAAACCUCCAAAGAAGCGCCCACGUCCUUCAGUCCCUGAGCCAGUUGAACCAACUGACUUCCCUCCACCUCUGCCCCCAGGACCACCCUCAAUUUUUCCUGAUUGUCCCCGAGAAUGCUUCUGCCCCCCAGAUUUUCCUUCAGCCAUUUAUUGUGACAGCCGCAACCUGAGAAAAGUCCCACUCAUCCCACCCAGGGCUGAAUACGUGUACCUACAAAACAAUUUCAUUGACAAGAUCUCUGAAGAAUCUUUCAAAAAUGCCACAGGGUUGCGGUGGAUCAGUUUGGACAACAACCGCAUUGAUUCAGUGGGAUCACAAGUACUACAUAAGUUGGAUAACCUUGUCUUUCUGUACAUGGAAAAAAAUUUCCUUAAGGAAGUGCCCAACAACUUGCCUCCCAAUCUUGAGCAACUUAGGCUGAGCAGAAAUCGUAUUUCCAAAAUCCCUGAAAAUGUUUUCAGCAAGUUAGAUCACCUCCUCUUGUUAGAUCUUCAUCAUAAUCAGCUGGAUAAUGGAGACUUCAAAAAGAAUACUUUCAAGGGGCUCAAGAACCUCAUGCAACUCAACCUGGCUCAUAACCGGCUAAGUAAGAUGCCUCCUGGGGUUCCCAAAGCCAUUCACCAGCUCUUUCUUGAUGAGAAUCAAAUUGAUAAUAUCCCCAACAAUUACUUCAAAGAUUUCUCCAAUUUGGCGUUCAUCAGGCUUAACUAUAAUAAACUGUCUGACAAAGGAUUGCCUAUCGACACUUUCAACAUCACCAAUUUGCUGGUUUUGCAUUUGGCAUACAACAACCUCACCAGCAUCCCCUACAUCAGCCCCAAGCUGGAGCACCUCUACUUGAAUGACAAUUCAAUUCAAAAUAUCAAUGGGACUCGGAUAUGCCCCACUUCCCUGGUCUCUCUUCAUGCACCAUCUUCAGAUCUUGAAAAUGUGCCACGUCUUCGCUACCUGCGCCUCGACGGCAACUUGCUGAAGCCACCCAUCCCUUUGGACCUGAUGCUGUGUUUCCGGCUCUUGCAGUCGGUUAUAUAUUAAGCCUUGCAGCAAUUGCCACUCCUUGGGACUUUGUGCAGUGACUUGAUUCCAGUCUAUGUUAGACAAGGGGAAUAUACCUAAGCAUCUCUACCCAGACCUUUCCUGCUCCACUCUGCUUCGUUUUUCCUUGGCUGCUGGAAGCUCUGUGCUUUGUGCAGCUCUCCUUUAUACAGCAUUUUAUGGAUGCUUUAUUCCAAUGGUGAAAUUCAGAUUUUUUUUUUACUUCCGGUUCUGUGGGCAUGGCUUCGUGGGCAUAGCAGG